AUGUCAGGCAUAGAGGUUGUAGGUCUCGUUCUCGGAGCGUUCCCGCUCGCCAUCGUGGCUCUGGAAAAAUACCGCGAAGUGGCCAUCCGUUUUGGCAUGUUCCUGCACAUCAGAGUCGAGUACAAGCACUGGAAGGACGACCUCAGGUUCUACGAGAUUGCUUUCAAGCGGCACCUCAAACAGCUCCUAUUGCCCCUUAUAUUCGACGACUCGAAGACUAAAGUGUUGAUCGCAAACCCGGGCAGCGAGGACUGGAAAGAUCCCUACGUUGACACCCUGCUCAAGAGAAGAUUGAACGAGGCCCAUGAGCUGUAUCUUGGCUAUAUUGACGGAAUCGGCCAAGUCAUGGACGAAAUAAACAAGCACCUAGCAUUGGACUCUGAGCCGGUCCAAGAGAUAAUGAAUUCACCGCCACCUUCGAAAAGCUCUACGCGCAUUAGAGCCGCGGUAAGGAAAGACGGUCGCGCCUUUCAACGAUACAAGGUCAAGUUCAGCAACGGAGAGUCUGUGCGAAAGAGAUUGUUUGACAAGAUAGGUGACUAUCUCGGCAAGAUGGAGAAGCUGUUGGUGACAGGCGACGAAGAGUCUCGUCUGGUCCAGCAACGGAAUCUCGCACUCGAGAAGACGUUGGUUGAUUCGUCUCUCUGCAGCUUCUGGAUCACGGCGAAGAAGCUGUUCAGGGCUCUAGCGUCGACAUGGUCGUGCCGAUGCCAACAUCACGACGCCAGGUUACUCCUCCAACACCGCGACGCCAAGGAGACGGAAUUCGAUAUUACCUUUACAAAGUUUGAGCCUCCUUGCGGCUGGGAAUUACACCGAACAAGAGUAUCCAGGUCGGACGAAAAACCUCACCCUCAAGUUGUCGAUGAGGAUAAUGCAGUUCUGGCGGUGGCACCAAAACUCACACGAGCGAAGCCACUCCAGUCAUCCAUACGAACCAAGGGGAAGCAGAGGGCCAGGGUUCAGUUUUCGGGUAGAGCCCAGCGUUACGCCCUCUCUCUCAUCCUCGCGUCGUCGUUUCUACAGCUCCUCGAAUCUCCAUGGCUUCCCAGGACCUUGGAGAAAAGUGACGUGCUCUUCCUGGGGGAUGGGGGCAACCCGAACGUCUAUUUGCUAGACCGGCCCCAGGUAGUCAAGAAUUUCGCCCCGAAACCAGACGAAGAGUCAUUAUCGCUCAAUUCCGAUUCCGGGCGAAGCCGCACAUACGCCGAUGCGCUGAAGCAGCUGGGCAUAAUACUGUUGGAACUCUGCUUUGGAGAUACUCUUGAGCAGCAGCCGUACAGAAAGAAGUGGCCUGCCGGGGAGACGGAAACGGAAAAAGCCGGUUACGACUUUCUGGCUGCUAGUGAAUGGCUGGAUCAUGUUAAUGGAGAGGCCGGGUUGGAUUAUUCUGACGCCGUGAGCUGGUGCCUGUUGGGCCGGUCGAGCUCGACGCCGGAUACAUGGAGACAUGACAUGCUACGGAAAGUAAUUCAGCCCCUGCAGCGCUGUCGCGAUUAUCUGGGCGAAGGCGGUAUCUGUAUACCAGCGAGUCUAGCGUCUGAGCAGAGAUAG